AUGUCGAACCAGGAACAUUUGAAGAAUGGAGGCCAAAACACCAGUGGUAUGCCAGACCCCAUGGCCGACUACGACCUCUCGCGUCAAAUCCAGCCCGCAAUCGGCAUGAGACAAGGAUUGCCAAACUAUGGCGACCCUCACUUUUCUCUUUUCCUUCGCAAAGUCUUCAUCAAGGCGCUGGGGUAUAGCGAAGAUGCGCUUUCAAGACCCAUUAUCGGCAUAGUCAACACUUAUUCGGGCUUCAAUCCUUGCCACGGCAAUGUCCCGCAGCUCAUCGAGGCCGCAAAGAGGGGUGUCCAGCUAAACGGCGGAUUGGCCAUUGAUUUCCCAACUAUCAGCGUCCACGAAUCGUUUUCUACUCCGACUAGCAUGUUCCUACGGAAUCUCAUGAGCAUGGACACUGAGGAGAUGAUCAAGGCGCAGCCGGUGGACGCAUGCAUCGUUAUUGGCGGAUGCGACAAGACGGUUCCGGCUCAGUUAAUGGGCGGGAUAUCAGCUAAUAAGCCCGUAUUGCCCUUGAUAACGGGCCCAAUGAUGCCAGGAAGCUUCAGAGGCGGUCGCAUCGGAGCCUGUACUGACUGUCGCAAUAAUUGGGCUGCUUUCCGAGCCAAUGAGAUAGAUAUCGAAGACAUCUCCGCUCUUAAUGAAGAACUUGCGCCGACAGUUGGGACUUGCGGCGUCAUGGGCACAGCGAGUACCAUGGCUUGCCUGACAGCUGCUCUUGGACUUAUUCCUCUAAGAGGCGGCGCAACAGCUUCUGCUGUCUCCAGCGCCCGGCUUAGGAUAGCAGAACAGACAGGCGCAAAUGCCGUACGAGCAGCUCAAGACAAGCGUACGCUACAAUCGAUCCUUUCGGAAGCAUCUUUCCACAAUGCUAUUACUGUUUUGCAAGCAAUUGGGGGGUCUACCAACGGCAUCGUCCACCUGCUUGCUAUUGCGAAUCGCCAUCCGGAGAUUUACGCGAAAAUCACGCUGCAGACAGUGCAUGAGAUAGGAGAGAAGACACCUCUGCUUGUGGAUCUCAAGCCUAGCGGCGAUAACUACAUGACCGACUUUCACAAUGCGGGUGGCAUUCCAGCUCUUUUUCAUACUCUGCGGCCUCUCCUGAAGUUGGAUGCUCUGACAAUAACGGGCGAAACACUUGGAGAGGCUCUGGAUGCCGAGAACUUCCGAUCCUUUCCUUUCUCUACACAAAUUAUCAGACCUUUGGCUGAUCCCUUAUACCCAUCCUCAAGUCUUGCUGUAUUGUAUGGUAAUAUUGCGCCAAAGGGGGCUGUCAUCAAAGCCAGUGCUAGCAAGUACCGACACUUGCUCAAGCACCGAGGCCGAGCCGUGGUGUUUGCCGGCCUUGAGGAUCUUGCUAAGCGCAUUGACGAUCCAGACCUGGAUGUUGACGAAAACUGCGUCCUGGUUCUGCAGGGAAUAGGCCCCAUUGGCUUUUCAAGCCCAGGCAUGCCAGAGGCCGGGCUGAUUCCCAUUCCACGUAAGCUCGCAGCUCGCGGGGUCAAGGACAUGCUACGUCUAUCAGAUGGGCGCAUGUCUGGCACGGCGGGAGGGAGCAUCAUCUUGCAUAUUUCGCCAGAGGCUGCGUUGCCGGAAAGUGUGUUGGCGAUUGUGAAAGAUGGUGAUAUUAUACAUUGUGAUGUUGAGAGUCAAAAGCUCGAAGUAGAGCUUAGCUCAGCUGAGAUUGACUCAAGGGUGAAGGAGAGGAUUGACAGGCUUGAGGGUAAAUUGGAAGCUCGGGGGCCUGCAGAAUCUAGGAGACAGCCGACUCGUGGAUAUAGAGGCUUGUAUGAGAAGAGCGUGACGCAGGCUGAUAAGGGUGUGGACUUUGACUUUUUGACUGCCCAAGGAGUGGUUCCAUGA